AUGCUAAACAAUCCUCAAUUCCUUGCUAUGUUCCAAGCCUUUGUAAACCAAAAUACUCCUCAAAAUUUGUCACCUGGCACACCAACAUCUCAACGCAUAGAUCCAUAUCCCACAACUCAGGGAGGAGACAGUAGUAGCAAUAGAAUGCGAGUUGAAAACCAAUUUUCAACGCAAUCACUCGAUGAUGAUGAAGAUGUAGUUCAAGUUCAAGUUCCAGAACCGCAAGUAACUACAGGAACAGAUCGGGAUAAGGGAGUCUACUGGCUUGAAAUCAAAGUGUCCUACGAUGCAGCAGUUGCUAAAACACCGAAUGUCAUGCACAAAAGAACCAUGAGAGCUAUUAAAAGGCGUUGGAGUCAAAUCAAUGAAGGUGUUACUUUAUGGGUAGCACAACUUGCGGCAGUUCAGCGUAUGCAAACUAGUGGUGAGGUUAUUAACGACAUAGAGGCUAAAGCACAUGACCUUUACAGACAAAAAAUGAAUAAACCUUUCGAGUUUUACCAUUGUUGGGAAGCAAUGCACCACCUUACAAGAUGGAUGCCUGGUAAGGAUUCAACUGUUGUGAGUGAAGGGAGUUCUAAGAGAUCAAGCGACGAAGCCGGAACAAGUGUGCGUCCCGGCGGUUGGAAGAAAACGAAAGCACAAAACAAAUUGAAAGGUGUUGCAACAAGCUUGGAUGAAUUUAACACCACUUUAAGCGGUAUGCAAACUGAGCGAGGUCUAAUGAGGAAGGGAAUGUCUGAUAUGCUCGAGUACCAGAAACAACGAGAUGAAACUAAAAUAAGGUUUAAGAUGUUUCAAUUAUUGAUGACAAAAUCGUAUCUUGAACCAUUUGAGGAAGAGUAUCUUGCGAAGCUGAAGGAAGAGUUUAUGAAGUAA